CCAUCUUCAGAGUGCAGUGUGUCUGUAGAUUUAUCAGAAAUUAUCAACGAAAUCAAUGUCACUAACCAAAAAGAUCACCCUCCAUUUUACGUCUCUCUGGAUUGGGCUUUGUUCGGAUUCGAAAUUCAGACUACGAUCCUCUUGCUUUGUAAAAACAAGACAAUUAGCUGGAUUUGGGUGUAUCAGUAGCAUUUGGGUUUAGGCCUUGAAACUGGGCUGAAGUUUCACGGACCCCACUGUCACGCUGGGAGGGAAAAAUAUCUGGAAAACUAUAAUUGACUGGUCUCCCACCUGAGCCAGAGCCACCUCUCUCUCCGUGUGACAGUAAAGCAAAUUGAUAUCCAAAAUGACCAAAUUGGGAAACCGCGACGUGCAAAGACAACUUAACAAGGAAGACACUCCUCCACUUCCGGCGCUGCCACGUCGGACGGAAAUGACCGACGCGGACCCUCCGCGCCUUCUUCUCUACUCGAUACUUACCACCUACGCUUACUCCUCUUUAAAUAUCGCACAAUCAGAUAGGGAAUAAACGCAUCUCCAGAACUAUCUCAGCCGGAAAGUGGGCAAAAAAGAUAAAAAAAUCAAGACUUCAGCAACUCCCGUUUCCAGCCAUGUCGGAAAAGAAGUCUAUGUAUCCAAAAGUGAUCGAUUCUAACCCGGAUUUUACUUCCUCGCCUAAACCUGCAGUCUCGUCUUCUUCUGCUUCCUCCCUAUACCCAACCGUUGAUUUGAAGGAUUUAGCAGAGAAUCUCUUCCCCGACGAAGACGAUCGCGGUGUCGAUGUCGAGAUUCAGGGGAACCCUGAAGCUCAAAAGAACUUGGCAUUCGAGUCGUCCGAAGAAGUUGUGAUUAAGAUCCCGGGGGCUAUUGUUCACUUAAUUGAUAAGAAGCAGAGCGUUGAGCUUGCAAGCGGGGAUUUCACGAUUGUGAAGCUCAAGCAGGGUGCUAAUGUCGUCGCGGUGUUGGCCCGGGUCGGGACUGAGAUUCAGUGGCCGCUGGCUAAAGAUGAAGCUGCGGUGAAGCUGGACGAAUCCCAUUACUUCUUUACCCUUAGAGUCCCGCCGGAAACUGAGGACGGAGAUAAAGUUGACGACGGCGAGAAUGUGCUGAACUACGGGCUGACGAUCGCGGCCAAAGGGAAAGAACAGGAGCGACUUUUGAGGGAUUUGGAUGGGGUGCUGGGCAUGUACAGCGCGUUUAGGGUGGAGAAAGUGGCGGCCAAAGCCCCGCAGGAAGGGUGGUGGGCGGCGGCGAAGGAUGUCUCGCCGGAGGAGAUGGUGAAGGAUAAAAAGAAAGGGGAGAUGGUGGAGAAAAGUUCUGCUGCGUAUUGGACUACGUUGGCUCCCAAUGUUGAGGAUUACAGCGGCGGUAUGGCCCGGAUGAUUGCUGCCGGGUCAGGUCACGUGGUGAAGGGGAUUUUGUGGUGUGGUGAUGUGACGGUGGACAGGUUGAAAUGGGGGAAUGAGUUCUUGAAGAAGAGGAUGGGAGCUGGGAAGGAGUCCAGUAUCAGCCCUGAAACGCUGAGAAGGAUGAAAAGAGUUAAGAAGUUGACGAAGAUGUCUGAGAAAGUUGCUACGGGAAUACUAUCUGGUGUUGUUAAAGUCUCUGGGUUUUUUACGAGUUCAAUCGCAAACUCGAAGCCUGGCAAAAAGUUUUUCAGCCUUCUUCCAGGAGAGAUUGUGCUGGCCUCUUUGGAUGGAUUUAACAAGGUGUGUGAUGCUGUUGAAGUUGCUGGAAAGAAUGUAAUGUCAACUACUGCAGUCGUAACAACAGGCCUUGUUAACCAUAGGUAUGGAGAAAAAGCUGCAGAGGUGACACAUGAUGGGCUUGGUGCAGCAGGACAUGCUAUCGGGACUGCCUGGGCUGUGUUUAAGAUCAGGAAAGCUCUCAACCCCAAGAGCGCCAUAAAGCCUACUUCUCUUGUUAAAGCAAAUGCUGCAAAACUGAAGGGAAAAUAAUUAUAGCAAAUAAAUCCCUUUCUAGGUUUUACUUGUAACAAUAGACUCAUCUCUGUAUAUGCUUUAAUUCUGUGUUAAAAACUGUGUUGCUCGUUUUUAGGGCUUAGUAUUUAUCCUUUAUCAGUCGGCAGCAGUUAUUCUGCAUCAAAGAGUUUGUUAGUAAUACAUCUUGAAUUGUAGUCUCAAAUCCCUCUUCAAAGAACGUAAUAUUGAGUGUCUUCAAUCUGUUUUGAGAUUGAUGUGCAUUUGAAUGGCGUUCUUGUUUAUUUGAUGAGAACUUUUGUAGUUGAAGGAAGCUCCAUGCUAAAACUUUCUCCUUUGGGUUUCAAUUUUUUUGGUGAUGGCAUCAGUUUUUUGGUGUUCAGUUCUGCAUUUGCGAUUGAAAUCUUACUUUCAUGCUUUCUGGUGGAAACCUUAAUGACGACAUGAUUGUUACAAAUUUAUUUUCUGAACAGCAGAGACAAUUAGCGAAUUGCCACACUAUCUAUCUAUGUAUGCUCCUUUCUAGUAUUUGAAACUUGCUUCUUCACACGUACAUGUCUCUUUAUAGUACUUGGUCUUGAGGGGUUUAUAAAUUUGGAGAUCAAGGAUAAUUAGUUUUGAAGGGUUUAUAAGUUUGUAGAUCAAGGACAACACCAGCUAUUGAUCCAAUUGCUGCAGCUAGUGAAACAAGUAAACAAGCUGCACUUAGUAACUGAAGGCCGACCCACUGACUUGUCCAUCGGCCGAUCUUCUUCUGAGCAAUAUACAUCUCAACUGGGAAGUAAACUGUUAGUGGCCAGAACCCUAAAGCUCCAAGUAGGCCCACGACAUCAUUGAAGAAUGGCAUGAGCAUGGCGAUGACAGUUGUCAGAAUCACAAAAGCAGUUCUCCAUAGCACUCGGAAGCAAUUCAGCUGGUACACCCCGAAAAAAGGCACAGGUAGGUCAUGUUCAGCAGUUACAAAGUUGCUAGUUGACCAUAUUUGUGCACUCCUUUUUUCUACAAAAGCAAAUAGUGGUUGGCAGUAGACCUGCAAUUUUCCAUUUAUGUAUUCUUAGCGAGAUGGAUGAGGUUAAUGUCCAUUACUCCAUUAGCAUUAUGGAUAUCUUUAAUAUUUUAUUUGAUAGGAACAAGUUUGAUUUGUUCUUUACCUGGUAGGCACCAACAAGAUGGACUAUGAUGGCUACAUUAGCUAUAUCUAGUAACCAAUAAGGGUUAUAGAAUCCAAAGCCAGUGAGCAGGUUUCCUGGAGCAUUAUCCCCAAAGGCAGCAUAUCCCAUGCAUCCACAAAGUAAGUAGAAUAUGGUGGUAAUGAUGAUGCUCAACAAAGUGGCUUUUUUCAUAGUUUUAUAUUCUGCUGGAGGAGACUUUAAAGUAUCCUACAAGAGAGCAUUGAUUUUUUUCACAUCAUAGGCUAAACUAGUAGCUGGGUAUAGAAAAUCUAGCAGCAUAAAGUGUUGAAUUUCUACCUGAAUUUCGAUCAAGAUGAUUGAGUAUGAAUACGCAAAUGCUAUUGCACCUAAAGCUUGCAAACUUCUCCAUAACUUCUGCGUUGCAGUUACAGUUCCAGCCUUUGUUACUGUGCCUAUGGCGAUGCCUGUUAGGCUUCCCUCGAAGCUUCUGUGUUCUGUCCAGAAAUGAUGGUUCAUUAAUUAUUAUUAAAUUAAGUCCGUUACCGUUAAUACUCUGUAAGUGUUGAUUCCAGGCUUAAGUAGUUAAGUUGUGUGGCGGCAAUGUUAGUGACAGGUAUAGAAUGCAUGCUAAUAGGAUUUCAAAGUUAUGCUUGAUUGUGAGGGGGGGGGGGGUGAUUGCUUAUGAUGUGUGAUAGUUGUGGUAAUGACAUCUGCACCUGCAACUUUCCCAAUGCCAAGGGCAAGACCAACUGUGGAAUAUGUGAAAGACAUAAUUGCUGCAACAAUGGAAAGCCACCAUACUUGGUCGAAAUCAGGGAUCUGGGAAAAUAUGAUUUCUAUGAUUCCGAAGGCAAUCAUAUAUCCGUUGCUUGACAUGUGGCAUGGAUUUUUGCCCUUACUUCUAUGGAAGCAAUUUGAGUAACUUAUUGCCCUGUCAAGGAGAAGAGGGGAAGCAAAACAUGUUUUGGAACGAUGUCAAAAGCACCAAGGUAAUUCAUUGCUGGUUAUAGUUAAUCCUCUUAUGUAUGAUAGAUGAAUGUAUUGAGAAAGUCUGUUACUUUUCUUAAGAACUCACAUCAUGCUGGCUGAUGCUGCAAUUGUGUAGCCUAUUGCAACACCAAUUAAAUUGAUGUACUGGAUUAAUCCACAGAUUUUGACCUUCUUCCCUCCUGUAAAGGAUAUAAAUCGCUUUAAAGACUUCGUCAAUAAGCACAAUGAAUUUAUCAAAGGUGAAAUUCUGUACCUAAGGUUGCCUUAACGGCAUCCAUGUAUGUAUAGUUUCUUAUACCAGUGACCGGAUUGCCUGACCUGUAGCAUUGGGACAGCAAAUUGGAUGUGUAGAGUAUUACAAAAGCAAAAACUAACAUGACAGUAGGUCCUGCAACCCAUCCAAGCUGUCCUAUAGCCCAUGCUAAUGAGAGCACACCCGAGCCAAUAACGGCUGUAAUGAUAUGUGAUGUUGCAGUCCAGAAAGUCCCUGAGUCAGGAAUAAAUUGUUACAAGAUACUAAUGUCAGUAAAAGAAUUGAACUUCAGAUAAGUUGUUGGUGCAUUUCCGUUUCAUGCUUCCAGUGAGCUUGUUAUAUGACUUAUUUACUCAGACAGUCUGUGUGUUAAAACACUCAUAUGGUAGAGGAAGUUAUGAGCCUGAUUGAAAGCCAUGAGUUUUCCAGCUGUCUUGCAGGAAUCAAGAUUACUAGUUAUAAAUUUUCAUCUACGUGUCAACUUUAGGUGGUAGGAAAUUUUUGAGUUAUUACAUUUUAUGUUAUCAACAGAUCAGCUGAGUGUGUGCUCAGUGGUGAAGAUACUCUUAACUUUUCUAGUGUUUACCUGUUCUCUUCAGUCUGCCAUCAUCGUCAAAGCUCUUGGAAUAGUUAACUUGCAGAUUUAUUGCUUCAUUUUCUGGCCGAGCUUUUGGUUGGACUUCCACCUGCAGGUAGGUUCUGAUGUCUUGCCUCUCUUCAACCUAAAAAAACAAAUACAGAUUUGACAAUUAAGUUAGAUGAGUAAGGAACAAUUCAAAAAAAAAAAAAAAGGACAUUUGGCUUUAGACCAAAACUAUGUCCGAACAUCUACUACUUACAACACCAUUAUAUAUUCUUGAAGGAAGAGUUCUACUUCUAGGCAACAUGACUUAAUAUUGCUUCCUGAAGUUUGUGAUGAGUAUAGGUAUAGUCUAGGAAAUGAUUGUGGGUACAGAAGACAUCAAUGGUUUUUAUAAAUAGAAAUCAGAUGAUGAACCUACAGGCUCCUGUUUCCUAUUACAAUAAUUAUUACAACAAGAGACUAAAACCAUUGGUCCUUUUAGUGUUGUGGCACUUAGGCAAAAAGCACCUUUUUAUGGCAGUUCCAUUGCUUGGAUAUUUGUAUUUCUGUGGUCAUUAUCAAUCAAUCCCAAUAAUGCUUCCCCGAUUGUAGCACUGAAAUUGGAAUCACAUUUUUUAGAUUCAGGGUAUCCUUUCUUAUUAUAUGAAUUUACUUGGCUCGAAGAAAUGUUCAGGCAUAGAAUUAGUGAAAAGUGAAGAUUUAACAUAUAUAUCUAGCAUGAAGAACUGGAGAAGUUAUAUGUGUAGUUGAGGAUUAGGCUGAGCUUUGACUACUGAAAAAGAUAACCUUUUUUGUUUAACGAGUUCUGGUUUCAGAUUGUUGCGACGCUUCCAGUAGCAUUACAAGUUCACUCGAACGUUGGAAUUUGGAGAAUAUGGUAAUUAAAUUCUUAAACAUGGACCGGCACAAACUUUUCUUGAUAAAUUACUGGUCUCUUAAGCUUCCGCACCUGUUGCAUGCUCCAGAAGCAAAGCAUAUGGGACACUGUGGGUUAUAUAAGCCAUUUAUUGAUCAUAAUCUUUCAUUGUUGCAAAAUACAUUAGGUUAUCACUGCAAAAUUUAUCUACUUGUUAAGCUCUAGAAUCUGGUUUGAAGCUAGUGCAGUCUUUCAAGUAGAGCCUUUGUUGCCAAUGUCUCUAUACAGGUAAGUGGUAACUCUUCCAAAUUAGUUGAGGGUUGUUUUGCUUAGUUCCUCGAAGCUUAGAAGAAAUUGUUUCUUUUAUCUGUCCUCAAAUGAGUGAGGGGAUGUAGUCCCUUUCUCCUUCCAAGAACGUGUAUCAGGCUUGGCCGGCAACAGGAGAGGAAAUGACACGACAGGCCAGGACAUCCAUGGAUUAAGUUGCUUCGCACCACAGGCAGGAAUGCCUGCUGACUGUCUUCCCACCAUCAACAGGAGUCAAGUUGCUGCUGUUCCCCCCUCUUGAUACUAUUUCUGCAGCUCUUUAGGUUAUGUACUUUCAGCGGCGAAAAAAAUAGGUAGACGAUUUAGUACUACGAAAGUUGCAGUAAAUUCUGUGACUACAUUUGUUCAAUGUUAACAACAAAUGGAUAGAACUGAGUGUGUAGAUAUUUGUAUGAAGGGGAAUCAUUUGUGGAGCUCAAAAUGCACGUCUUCAUGUGUUACACACACCUUGCUGUUGCUGAUGGAUUUCCGCUAGUGGAAGAAUGACAACAUGUUAGUGGUUGUAUUGAAUUCAUGAAUCAUGAUGAGAUGUGUAUACAUGUUAGAUAGGUCAAUGGUUUUCAAAACUUCUUGGAAGGAAUCAUUGGGAUCAGAACAAAACCGAAAAAAGAAAGAACAAGAGAUACUGAUAGUAUGUGGAUUUCAAUCCAGCAUUAUGGCAUGCAUGAGGGUCACCUAGUGCAUGAGGGUCACCUUCACCUAGCUCUAUGCAAGCUCCAUGCAUAAUACAACCAGAUUCAAUAACCGGAUUGUCUAUCUAUAUCAGAUUUUUCUUCUCUACCUCAGCUGCUCAAAAAAGAUAAAUAUUUUCAUAACUAAAAGAGUAAAGCCAUGCAAGGCCAACUUCCUAUUGAUGCAAUGCAAUUCAAACCUUUAAGUAUACGGUAGCGAC